AUGGCUUCGAAUAGCUUCUUUUUUCUUCAUGUUUUAGUUAUGUUUUCUCUAGCAAGCAUGGCACUUUCGAAUUCUCUUUCACCUUAUUUCUACAAUCAUGUUUGUCCUGAAGCUUUGCCGACCAUAAAACGAAUCGUUGAGGAUGCAGUGAAGAAAGAGAGGCGAAUGGGCGCCUCUUUGCUACGAUUACAUUUUCAUGAUUGUUUCGUCAAUGGUUGCGACGCUUCAAUUCUUCUAGACAAAACCGCGACUAUUGACAGCGAAAAGACUGCUGUACCUAAUAACAAUUCUAUUAGAGGAUUUGACGUGAUUGACAAAAUCAAGUCGGAGGUUGAUAAAUGUUGUGGACGUCCAAUUGUGUCUUGUGCAGACAUUGUGGCAGUUGCAGCUCGUGACUCUGUAGUUGCGUUAGGUGGACCAACAUGGGAAGUGCCACUGGGAAGAAGGGACUCCACUACAGCAAGUAGAACCACAGCCAACAAUGAUAUUCCAACUCCAUUCAUGGACUUACCUGCACUUAUUAACAACUUUAAAAAGCAAGGCUUGGAUGAGAAAGAUCUCGUCGCGCUCUCUGGGGGCCACACCCUAGGGUUUGCUCAGUGUUUCACCUUCAGGAAUCGCAUCUACAACGAGACUAACAUUGACUCCACCUUUUCAAGACAACGCCAAGCUAAUUGUCCACGUAGUGGAGGUAAUUCCAACCUUGCUCCACUUGAUCCAACUCCAGCUCUUUUCGACUUGAAAUAUUUUAGUAACUUGGUGUCAAAGAAAGGACUUCUGCACUCUGAUCAAGCACUAUUUAAUGGUGGUAAGACUGAUAAUCUUGUUAAGACAUAUAGCUCCAACCUCGGGACUUUCUCUAAAGAUUUUGCUCAGUCUAUGAUUAAGAUGGGAACUAUCAAGCCAUUGACAGGGAAUCAAGGUCAAAUUCGCAUAAACUGCAGGAAGUUGAACUAAGAGGGAACUAGGAGGUGGUAAUUAAUGAUGUUGAUGAAUAAAGUGUUUCAAGAAUUUGAUUAUUUUUUAGUGUAAUUGUGAUCUUUUACUCAUUUGAAGAGUCUCUCUUCCAUAAAAUAAGUUAAUUGUGAACGGAGAGACUUGGUAGAGUUGUGUGGUAAUUUGUU